AACUGGAGAAUCAAGAAUCCAGAAUUUCAGAGAUCCAUAGCUUAGUGCACAGACUUCCAGAGAAAAAUAGACAGAUGCUCCAAUUACUCAUGAAUCACUUGGCAAAUGUUGCUGAAAACCACAAACAGAAUCUUAUGACUGUCGCCAACCUCGGAGUUGUUUUUGGACCAACGUUAAUGCGACCACAAGAAGAAACCGUUGCUGCAAUUAUGGACAUCAAGUUUCAAAAUAUUGUAGUUGAGAUUUUAAUAGAAAACCACGAAAAGAUAUUUAACACGGUGCCUGAUACUCUACAGUCAAAUUCCCAGUUGCUCUUAUCUCGAAAAAAAAGUACAGAUUCAAAGCCACCAUCUUGCAGUGAAAGGCCCUUAACACUUUUCCAUACACUGCAACACAAUGAAAAGCAGGAAAACAGAAACAGUAUAAUUAACUCCAGCCUAGAAUCGGUCAUAUCAUCAUCAAACGCCAACAGUUUGCUCCAGUCCAGUAAUGCUGUUCAGCCUAACAAGAACUCAACUGAAUCUAAUGCAGAAGUUAUCAAACCCAACCGGCCAAAUUCACUCCCUCAGAAUCCAAGUCCAACGUCACCCCUUUCACCGUCCUGGCCCAUGUUCUCCGCACCAUCCAGCCCUUUGCCCACCUCCUCCACGUCCAGCGAUUCAUCCCCCAUCAGUUCUCCAUUCCGCAAAGCUAGAGCCUUGUAUGCUUGUAAAGCAGAACAUCACUCAGAGCUGUCCUUCACUGCAGGGACCGUAUUUGAUAAUGUUCAUCCAUCUCAAGAACCUGGCUGGUUGGAAGGAACCUUGAAUGGGAAAAUAGGAUUGAUUCCCGAGAACUAUGUGGAGUUCUUAUAACUGGACAUGUUCAUAAACAACCCUGCUGAGCUUUACAUGGUAUCCAUGACAACCGAUUAAGAGUAUUGUAGAUCAUUUGCUGUUUACAACUGUGAAAAGCAAGGUGAAGGACUCUGAUACCUGUUCAGAAGAAUGUUCAUGUAAAUUUUUAAAAAAAGUAUGUUUCUCUUUAUAUAAUGUGUUGUUUGCACAAAUAUGCAGCCGACAAAAGCUGGAGAAGAAAACUAGUGAGGAUGAAGGGUUUCACUGGGAAGUGUUCUGCUGUGAGAAGUGUUAAUGCCACAUUUCGAAUUAUGUUUUGUCCUAGACAAGAUAUUAAUAGGAUAUGUGUAAAUGUAGUAGCUUAAAUUGAGCAUGAUUACUGGAGACAAUUUAACUGGAAUUCUA